UUGUCACUGUUGUCAAAACGAUCGCAGCUAACAAAAAAACAAACAGCCUGCAAUUUGCUGUUUAAUUUCCAUUUUUAAUAAUAUUGAUCAAAAGGUGUAAACAAUGCGCUGAGGUUGUGGAAUGUUGUAAGACGCCGUCCGUUGACUUCGGCAAUGUGUAGGGUUAUCUCCGUCGCGAUUAGAUAACGGCUCAAAGUGUCCGUUUUAAUGUUAUGAAUAGAAGCCAUCUUCCGUUUUAUGUAAUUUUGGGACUGCUAGUGUGUUGCUGCUGGCUUAUGCUGUCGAUUGAGCAGCGGUGGAAGUAGCUUCAACGAGCGAAGUACGCACGGUCUGAUUGUAGCUGCUCAACUGGAACGCGACUUAAGAACUGUGCGGUGUGUGAUAUUAUCAGCAAUGGAGAGAUUAAAGAACUGUUUGCUCAAAAAACCUUCCAAGAAUGAUCUGGACGAUGGACUGGAAACGGCGACCGAGUACACCGAACGCUGGACGUCGGUGCGCAUCAUAUACUACACCAUGUUUCUGAUGUCGCUAGGAUUCAGCAUUAUUCUCACGGGCGUGUGGCCGUAUUUGGACAAGCUAGAUCCCCACGCCGGAAAGGAGUUCCUGGGAUGGAUAGUGGGUGCGAAUCCGGUCGGACAAAUGAUCUUCAGCCCGCUCGUGGGAUGGUGGGGCAAUCGGUUAGGAUCGAUCCGUUUGCCUCUGCUCUGCUCGCUGGCACUGUUCUCCGUUGCCAGUGGAAUCUACGCGUGCCUCGAGCUGUUUCCAACGCAUCAAAAGUAUUGGAUGCUUUACUCCAGAUUCCUAAUCGGUGUCAGCUCCUCCAGCGUGGCCGUGUGCCGUUCGUAUCUUUCGGCAGCCACCAAGGUGAAGGAGCGGACCGGUGCCGUAUCGAUGGUAUCACUCGCACAGACGCUCGGAUUUAUCGUUGGCCCGGUACUGCAAGGGGCCGUUACCAUGUUCGGUGAAGAUGGAUUGCCGCUGAUGAGAAACAAAUUGCACCUCAAUAUGUACACUGCAACGGGAUGGAUUAACGUGCUCAUGGGCAUUUUGAACUUUUGCCUGUUCUUACCCUUCGUGUUCAAAGAAAAGCGAAUUGCUGCCCGCGAAGCCAUGAUGCAGCAGGGAAUGCAAUCGGAGAAGGAAACUUGGAAAUCCAUGAAACCUGAUUAUUUAUCUGCUUGGACGUUAAUAUGUGCAUUUUUCAUACUGGUCUUCAACUUUGUAUUUCUCGAAACAUUGGCCACCCCGCUGACGAUGGACAUGUUCGCUUGGACGAAAGGCGAAGCACUGUACUAUAUGGCAUGGAUUAUGGCCGUGGGAGCCAUAUUGGCUAGUGCCAUGUUUCUCAUGAUUGAUCCAUUAUGCAAGCGGAUUCCGGAACGGCAAGUGCUGAUAUGGGGUGGAUUUUUCCUCAUGGUGUUGGGGCGCGCCGUCUACAUCCCGAUGAGCGAUACGCCGCCCAAGUUGGCUCUUCCAGAAAAUGAAACACUAGCGGCAAUGCGCAUGGAGGAUACUUCGCCGUACGUAUAUGGGUCCAAUUUUACGGAUGUGCGUUCAAAUUUGACCAAAGUGGACUUUGACUACGGUGGACCCAUUACCACACUCGAACCGAUCACAGUUGAUGACGCUAAGGACUUGCUAGGAUGUCCCCCGACGCAGGAAUGGUGUAAAACUACGCGGGGCAUGACCAUCACUCAAUUCCUUAUAGGAUACGCUUUCACGGCGAUCGGAUACCCGAUUGGAGUUACGCUUAUUACUACCAUAUUUUCCAAAGUUCUUGGACCACGCCCUCAAGGCACGUGGAUGGGCAUAAUGACCGGUUCGGGCUGUCUGUCGAGAGCAUUGGGUCCAGUGUUUUUAUCGACCAUUUACACCAAGUAUGGACUUUACUGGACCUUCGGCAGCACGGCAGUAAUGAUGGCUGCUACCAUGCUGUGGCUGUGGCAAAUGAGACAAAGAUUAGUUCCUAUCCCGUACGAUGUGAAUUGUAGAGGAGAAGAACUGGUAGCGGUGGUCGCUAAGCAGGACCAGACAGCCGAACCAAAAAAGACAGCCGAUGCAGCGACAGAUCAGCUGAACGGAAAUUCUAAGGCCGGCCACGUUGUCGGCGACAGCUGAUCCUUCUCGCCGUUAUGCUGUUGCAUAAUUGGCAAGCAACUAUUUGCUCACUUUACAUAUACUAUAUUUCCGUGUUACAGGCAGUGGUGUGCUUUGUUGUGAUAUUUUCCCUCAUCGAUAAGCGAAACGUGCAAACAGGAAGCGAAUUGUGACCGAAGCCGCAGUGAAUGAAGCGAAUUUGCAUAAAAAAAUCCCGAUCUCAUCAACCUCUUAUCAAUCACUUGGUGACUCGUCAUUCCGAAAUAUUUUGCCCUCCCGCUCUUAUGCUGCUGUAUUGAUUGGCGCGGGUAUCAGCGGCGGCGACGUGUGUGCAAUAAUCCCGGUCAACUGAUAAGUAACACCACAGGGAGGUGGCAAACUGAAGGGCAAAUAAUGACCAAAACAAGUACCGGGGGUAGACGCUUAGCGGGCGCUGCAUUUACCGUGCCGAUGAGACUUCUAGCGCUUCUAAGCAAAACUGGUUCUUGACUUAGUGUCGAUUAAACCUAUCGCGCGAGCGCAUGUGCGCAAUUGCUCCGCGGGUGCGCGAUCGUGAGAAUGCAAUGUUUGAUUUAUAAGCGUUAUGGCGUGGGGAAUGCAGCCAAUUAAUUUUUACCUGCCCUUAAAUCAUCUAAGUGAGUGCUUUCUCCUCCUGAACAUUGAUUGCAAAAUAUGACCGCCAGUUCUAGGCCGGAAGAACAAGUUUGUGAAAAGCGCAACGGAAUCGUGUGGGAGCACGCUUGCCAUGAUUUUGGAACCGACCGGGCCGAUAGUUAAGUGACCAAGUGCACAUUCCGUGUUUGUAGCUCACGAUCAUGGCAUCGAUCGGAAGUUGGUUGCGCGUAGUACAAAGCGAAAAAGACCGUGCAAGCGAGCUGGAAAGUGAUUUCGAAUAUCGACAACGAUGGAUCACGAUAAGAUUAGUGUAUGUGAGCGGUUUUCUGAUGUUUUUAUCGUUCGGCGUGGUGACAACGGGUCUGUGGCCUUACCUACAGGACAUGGACCCGACGGUGGGGAAGGCUUUUCUGAGCGUCGUGUUUGCUGCUCCUCCGACUGGCCAGUUGCUUUUUAGUCCGCUUAUCGGCUGGUGCUCCAACAGAUUAUCUUCAAUCCGAGUGCCGUUCGUACUGCUAACAGCCUUGUUUGUAUUCGGUAAUGCACUGUACAGCGUGGUCGAGCUUUUUCCCGUACCCUAUCGAAAGUACGUUAUUCUGCUCUCAAGAUUUGUCUUUGGCGUAUCGACGUCAAUAAAUACGCUUAGCCGAGCGUACAUUUCAACGGCCACUAAGCUGUCCGAACGCACGGGAGCCAUCUCGAUGAGCUCCCUGGCUCAGACGUUCGGGCUUGCAAUCGGGCCCAUCAUCCAGGCAGCACUAUCGGCGAUCGGAAAGGACGGCUUUAUGUGGUACGGGUUGCGGAUCAACAUGUACACCAUGGCCGGGUGGAUUUGCGCGAUCGUUGGAGUAGUUUACAUCAUGCUGCUAAAUCCGUCCUGCUUCGUUCAUCGCACGAUUGCCGCACAGGAAGCGAUGAAAACAAUCGGAUGCAGCAAGGCCACGGAUACGUACGAGCCUUUGAAGAUGUUCUCCAUCUGGACAGUCAUGAACGGGUACAGCGUUUUGAUGUUUUUCUACGUAUCGGUUCAAACGGCGCUUUCACCGAUAUCGCUCGAUCAGUUUGGAUGGAGCCACGAGGAAUCUCUUUACUACCUGGGCAUUCUGAUCACGGGCGGCACGUUAUGCUCUUGUGCAGUGUUUCUACUGUUGCCCCAACUAUGCAAACGGUUUCAAGAACACAAUGUGUUUCUAUUUUUCGCCAUGUUACCGCUUUUUAUCAGUCAAGUGGUAAUGAUACCGGUGGGAAGCAACACAAUUCCAAUGUUUGAUUCGUCCAGCAACAACAGAAGCACCGCGGGCGGUUGCCCCGUCGAACAGGAGUGGUGCAAUUUCAUUCCUUCGAUCAAUCAAUAUCAAUUAACCGUUUCGUACACGAUGCUGUGUGUUUCAUUUUCGGUUGGUAUAGCUAUUAGUCAAACAAUUCUUUCCAAACUGCUCGGUACGCGUCCCCAGGGCAACUGGAUGGCGCUGUACACAAGCAUCGGCGGUCUAACGCGCAUUGUAGGACCUGCCUCGGUAGUGGUGUACGUUCGCUUCGGAACGUACUGGUUGUUUGGCCUGGGCGCAACUGUUUCCGGGCUUGUGCUCGCGUGGAUGUGGUGUUACAAAAGCCACCUAAGAACGACCAAAAAAAAAAGCCAAACAUCCGAAUUGCAGCAAAUGACAGGACAGGAAUGAUUUGCCCUAAUUUAAAGUUACAAAAAAUGCAUUAUUUAUUGUAUAGACCGAAACUCAGUAUCACCGGUCGGUUGGGGGAAUGUCGUUUCCUUGCAUGUUCAUGGCUUCUUCGAGCGUGUUGGGCAGUUCGUUGUUGAGCGUUUCGGGAAACUUGAGCGCCGCUACUCCCGCAGUAAUGCCCAGAGCGCCAAACAGAACCAUCGGUAGCGGUGUCCAAAAUUUAGCCAACAGCGGCGUCUGCGGUGCAAUCAUCGAACCGAUCCGUCCAAACAUGGAGCAUGUCGAGAGCAGGCUUUGGCGUAGGUUUGUGGGAAAGAUUUCCACCGUAUAGAUGUAGAGCGUACCGAACGACAUCGUGAUGGUGAGUUUGCUGAGCAGAAAUAGUGUUAGGUUGAGAGCAGGCGCAUCUGAAAGUCGAAUAUAGAUUGUAAAGAAAGCUCAAGGUGUAUAACAGGCCUAGGAAUCCCUUGCUUACCGAUACCAUCAAUAAAUGCGGAUAUGAUGCAGAACAGACCGCUUAAAACGAG